UCGGUCAACUAAAGAGAACUCGCAUCAUGGCUUCUCAGGCGGUGCUGCUGUGCGUGUGUGUGGCGGUGGGCGUGGCCAGCGCGGGCUUCCUCGGCUCCCCGGCCGUCUCCUACUCGGCGGCUCCCGCUGUCCACUCGGCCCCGGCGCUUCCAGGAGCGCUGGCGGCGGCCAGGGCUGACGCGGACUACGACCCGAACCCGCAGUACAGCUUCAGCUACAGCGUGAGCGACGCGCUGACGGGCGACGCCAAGCAGCAGCAGGAGAGCCGCAGCGGCGACGCCGUGCAGGGCAGCUACAGCGUCGUCGAGCCGGACGGCGCCGUCCGCACCGUGCAGUACUCGGCCGCGCCCGGCGCCGGCUUCAACGCCGUCGUCUCCCGCUCCGGCGGCGCACCACCGCCUCCUGCACCCGCCAGGGUCGCCGCACCCGCGCCUCUGCCCGGCCGCCUGGUGCCGCUGCCCGCCGCCCUGCCACGGUUGGCGCCUCUGCCGCCCCCCGCCACCCCUGCCGUCGUCAUCGCCAAGGCUCCCGUAGUGUUCGCCGCCCCCGCAGUAGUCGCUGUCCCCGCCAAGGCCGCCCCGCCACCCCCACCAGCGCUGUACGGCGCGCCGCUGAAGAGCUCGCACACCGCCGUCACCACGUCACACGCCAGCUACCAGUACUGAGGAGCACCGUCCCAGUCUUGUCUGUAAAUACAUCGUAGCAGCCGUUCUUUUGUAAGAUAUUGUGCAAACUAUUUAAAAACUCAAAUAAAAACGACGAAUUUAUUUUAA